AUUGACCUACGCGAGGUCGCAAACACGCUUAGCCGAAUUUUCCGUCAAGAAACAAUCAUUUCCAACGACCGCUAACACACGGAAUUAGCACAACAACACAGCUAGCGUUAGCAUGCUAACGUUCAAUGGCUGCAACGAUAAAUGGAAGGAGGGUCAGAUCCGUCUUUAAACACAUUUUAAACAAAUUAGCCGCAUUUUUCUUCUCUGUCCAUGGUCUUAUUAGUAGUUUUUAAAACAUUUGUACACGUUGGUAGAAUGUAACUGUGUACAUUUGCUCUUGUACUGUAUUGAAGUACAAAUUCAGAGAACUGUACUCGAGUAUUUCCAUUAAAUUCAGCUUCAUACUUGAACUCCACCAAACUUCAGUGGAUGUUGAAUUCAAACUGUUUCCAGAUGAUACAAACUGGACUACAGAUGGUGAAGACCUGUUGAGGAGGUCCAAAUAAAGAGAUCUACACAUUCGAUUUUGUGUUAAGGUACCUUGAGGCAACAUUACCUUCAACAUCUGCUGGACUGUGACCACAGCCAUGUCGGACUCAAACAUUAUGCUGAACCUAAACUAUUCUGAUGAAGCAGCCAAGAAGAGAACUCCAGCAAGAAAUAAAAUGUGGAAAGACAGGUGUUUUCAGAAGAAGAGGCUGUAUUUACAGCGACAGGGCUACCUGGAAAACCAAAAUAAAUACAACAGCAACAUGGAACAGUCCAGACAUGGCCACGCUCCUCCGUGUCUGAAUGGAGCUUCCACAAAGUCACUUCCUGUCUCCGCACACAACAAAGGUUAUCACCCGAGCAGCAGCAAAGCCGGUGCUUCACACAGUAGCUCCAAACCUUCAACAUCCACACACAGCCUGUCUUCCUCCACCGGCCCUGGGAACACAGGAAGCUCCUUCGUCCCGUCGGUGUCAAGCAGCCAGAAACCAUCAGAAGGAAUCCCCUCAAAGUACCUCGCCUUUGACUGUGAGAUGGUUGGGACGGGACCAAAGGGGAGAAUCAGCCACCUCGCGCGCUGCAGUGUCGUGUCGUAUGACGGAGACGUGGUUUAUGAUAAGUUCAUCAAGCCCUCCGUACCCGUCACUGACUACCGCACCAGAUGGAGCGGCAUACGGCCCAGAGACCUGGUCAGCGCCAUGCCGUACUCUGAGGCCAGGAAGGAGAUCCUGAAGCUGCUGAGUGGGAAGGUGGUGAUUGGACACGCUGUCCACAACGACUUCAAGGUCCUCGGUUACUCUCACCCCACUGCCUUGACCAGGGACACGUCUCGAAUCCCUCUGCUCAACACCAAGGCCGGCAUCGCAGUGCACGAGUGUGCCUCGCUCAAGAGACUCACCAAGGCCAUCUUCAACCGUGACAUCCAGACUGGGAGGAAGGGACACUCCUCUGUGGAAGAUGCCAAAGCCACUAUGGAGCUGUACAAAGUGGUGGAGGUGGAGUGGGAGAGAGAACUGGCCUCCAAAUCAAAGCACCGUUAGUGUCUGAUGUGAGUAGACACCUUGGAAAUAAAAUAAGACUUUGGAUUGACCGCGGUGUGGCCGACUGGUGUCAGGACCUACCAGCUUCUUCUGUCCUGUCGACAUGUGAAUGAAGAUACCAGCUGCUCAUUCAGUCCGCUGGAUCAGCUUCUACCAGCUGCCUGGAUUUAAAUGUUACCAUGGGAGGAGAAUAUGAUAACAGUUUGCUUUGACGUUCAGUUCCAACAGUUAAGAUUCUUUCUCAGGGUUUGUGCUGCGUUUUCAAAAGGCGCUCCUGCCACUAGGGGGCAGUCAUGUAUUCAUUCCAGCAACAACAGCAGUUCAUCAUUGAAUCACACCAAACACUGCUUUUAUAAGUUCUCUGAGGUUUGUCGAUCAAAUCUACAGUUCAGCUGCUUCGGGACAACAUUGAACCCAGUGAAGCUUUAAACCACCUGCUCACCGUCUGAGCACGGAGGAUUUUGAGUCCGACCACUAAAAGAGAACAGACAGAUCUGUCACUUCUGAUUUUUAACUAUUUUAUUUUCUUCAAGAGAAAAAAUUAGACAAAGUUCUGUCGUACUGUUCAGCUUCGAUCAGCCAAUUAUGUUCUUCAGCUGCCCAGUCGCCAGGAAGAAAUGUUGCUUGAUUCACAUCUGUACGUGUCUUAGGUUAAGUACCAAACUAAAACUUGUGCCAGAUCUCGUUCACGGUACGUGUUUAUAACCCGGCUUUCAUAUCGGUGGGUGGAGGUAACAGGAUUUGCACUUCGAGACUGCAUUUCCUAAUUUUUUCAGUGUGAAAGCGCUGGAUAUUUUUAAGGAGACCUCAGGACAAUAUUCCAUCAGCGUAUUCAACCCUGAACAGGUUCUUGUACCUGAACUCAGUCAGAUCCCAUGUACCGAGUGGGUCUGGCAAUGUUGAAGAUGCUGUAAGCGAUGUUGUUCCUCUCACAGGACCUCCUCUUUAUGGAGGUCUCUGUCCUGAUUGGAUAAAGCGAGCAGGGAUACCAGAACCUUUCUUUUCUCUUUUACUGUAGGAGCAGGAGGAGAAGGAGAGACGCAGGUUACUGACCAGACACUCUAUAACAUCGACUACUGUUGUCAUUUUACUUUUAACUGUCAACAUUUAUUCUGGCGACUGGGUUGAGUACCGAUGUCACUCGUCCUCCUGCAUGUGGCUUUGUUUUCAGACUAACCAGGAGUUAUGCUGUUAUACAACCACUGGUCCAAAAAGGUCGUGUCGCUGUGUAGAACUUACACAAAAACAUAAUGCAACGAUCUGUUUUUAAAGAUGUUCCUGAGCCGGCGAGGUAACAUCUGUCGUACGAUCAUAUGUUGGACAGAGUGGUGAACUGAGCCUUUUAAUCACGAUACCAUCACCCGUUGAACCCGUUUACCUGUGAAAUGUUCUUCUGAAGCAGGAACAACUUUCCAAGUCUUGUUUGGAAACACGUCGCUUCCAUCAAAUCCAGAACAAGCAGAUAUUUACAAAGUUAAUGAGAUGAAGCAUUAAAUAUUUUGUCUGUUUGCUGUGAAAGAGAAGCAAAUGAUCAGAUUCAGUGUCAUUCAUGUUUUACACAGCGUGUAGCCUGUACAACAGGAUUAUAUAGGCCAGUGGACCCCACAGGAUCGAGUAUUUUGGAGAAGGAGGCCUGAUUUUUAAAAAUAAAUGUUGAUGUACCCAUGAGUCCUCUUUGGUAGCGACAGCUCAGAUGUUUUCUUCAGUAUCUCCUCACACAGACUGUCUUUAUGAAGACCACUGUGUUCAUCUGACCUCUGUACACUCUGUUAAUGUGAUUAUUGAGUCUAAUUUAAUGAAAUCUAUUUUGGAACAUGGAAGAUUUUCAAACAGUUUCUUAUGCAACAUCAGACGACUUCCGUUGUACUGUAACUCUGGGCUCUGUGUUUAACCUCAAUAAAUCAUUUCCACAAUCCGUC